AAGGUUCUCACUCCAUUGCGGCUUUUGGUAGCAACUUCUGCUAAUGGCCCAAAGACUGCUGUGCUGUGCGAAUGCUGCUUCUACUUCUCCUCCUCCUCCUCUGUGAAUGGUUCCUCGCUCAUGGCAUUGGUCCCCUUGCACGAACUGAAGGACUCGACUCUUCAUCCGCUCAUGCCUGCCACUGAUGAUGAAUCAGAGAAGAAUUCGCAGUUUUUGGUGGUGACAUGAGGGGGUUUUCAUCGUUAGCAUCAUCUGCCCGGGCCUCAUCUGCACUGAGAAAUCCUCCUGAAGCGGCUCUCAAGCAGAGGAAUCUUCAGCAUCAAAAACUUCCGAAGGAAGCCCCAACUUCUUUACAAGGUGAGCCCUCGCUUAACCAUCCGAAUAAGCCAAAAGGUGGUGUUGCCAAAGUUGAUCAUGUCUACAUUUCCCAAGUAUUGUCGAGACCUGAAUGGGUGUUACUUCUUAAACACGAACUAAAUGCUAAGAGGAUCGUUCUUAAUUCUCAUUCAGUUAUUAGUGUCUUUCAAAACCUGGAAAAUCCAUUGUACUCUAUAAAGUUUUAUGCUUGGGUUUCGAAUAUACACCCUGCAUUAGCAGCGAGUCAGUCAGUUAGAGAUGUUUUAUCGAACUCUCUGUAUCGGAAAGGUCCGGUCAUUUUGUCUGUUGAAUUGAUUCGGGAUAUUCAAAAGUCUGGUUUUCGGAUUGCUGAAGACCUGCUCUGUUUAUUGAUUGGAAGUUGGGGGAGACUCGGGUUGGCAAAAUACUGUUCUGAUAUUUUUGGCCAAAUCUCAUAUUUAGGUCUUAAUCCAAGCACAAGGUUAUAUAACGCUCUCAUUGAUGCAUUGGUGAAGUCCAAUUCGAUUGACUUGGCAUAUCUUAAAUUUCAACAGAUGACGGCUGAUAAUUGUCAACCGGAUAGAAUCACAUACAAUAUCCUUAUUCAUGGAGUUUGCAAAACUGGUGUGGUGGAUGAGGCACUUCGCUUAAUGAGGCAAAUGGAGGGCAGGGGACAUUUUCCCAAUGUUUACUCAUAUACAAUCCUAAUUGAUGGGUUUUGUAAUGCUAAGAGAGUUGAUGAGGCCUUCCAAGCAUUAAAGACAAUGAAGGACAAGAAAGUGUAUCCUAAUGAGGCAACUAUCAGAACAUUGAUUCAUGGGACUUUCCGUUGCUUAGAUCCAAGUAAGGCUCUUGAGUUACUAUCCAAUUUGCUUGACACAACGCCCAACUAUUUUAAGUUAGUUUGUGAUACUAUACUCUCUUGCCUCACAAAUAAUUCUCUGGCGAGAGAGACAAUCGUUUUUCUCAGAACAGCACAAGCAAAAGGUUAUUUCCCUGACAAUUACAUAUUCAAUGUCAUAAUGGCUUGUUUGGUAAAGGGAUCAGAGAUUCAAGAGACAUGUAAGAUAUUUGAUAGUUUCAGAGAAAAAGGAGUGAAGCCAGAUAUUGGUACUUAUCUUGCACUUAUGGAGGCCUUAUACAAGGAUGGACAUGAGGAGGAUGGUGAUCGGAUUCACAGUAAGUUGUUCAGGGAUGGGCUAAUUACUACUAUCUUUUCAUAUAACAUGCUAAUUGACUGCUUCUGCAAAGCCAAAAUGAUUGAUAAAGCAUUAGAAGCUUUCAAGAAUAUGCAGCAUAGGGGGCUUACUCCUAAUCUAGUUACCUUUAAUACCCUUAUUAAUGGGCAUUGCAAGGGUGGAGCAAUAGUUAAGGCCCAAGAACUGCUGAAGAUGCUUCUAGAAAUUGGACUUAAACCUGAUAUUUUCACAUUUAGUUCUAUAAUUGAUGGGCUUUGCCGUGUACACCAAACUGAGGAAGCCUUUAAAUGCUUCACCGAGAUGAUUGAGUGGGGUGUCAAUCCAAAUGCUGUGAUUUACAAUAUCUUAAUCCGGUCUUUAUGUGCCAUUGGUGAUGUUGCGAGAGCUAUGAAACUCAUAAGAAGAAUGCACGAGGAAGGAUCAAGGCCUGAUACAUUCUCCUAUAAUGCUCUGAUUCACAGUUUCUGUAGAUUGAACAAAGUCGAGAAAGCUAAAAUGGUUUUGAUUUCUAUGUCAAAGUCUGGUGUGAAACCUGAUAAUUACACAUAUGGUGCUUUUAUAGAGGCACUAUUAGAAUCUGGGAGAUUUGAAGAGGCUAAGAAGAUCUUUUACUCAAUGGAGGAAAAUGGCUGCUCUCCUGAUGCAUAUAUAUGUAACCUAAUUGUUAAGGAGUUGGUUGAACAAAACUGCUUGGAAGAGGCUCAAAUCAUUGCAGAAAGAUGCAAACAGAAGGGAAUAUCCUUGAACUCUGUUACUAUCUUGUAGAAUAUGUAUUGACCUGGUUAAGAGAUGCUGCUAUAUGGUGAGAUUUUUUGAUUUGGUGCUUGAUUCAGGUACUUUGGAUUGUAAAAAUAUUAAUCAGAAAUGGAGGAGAGGAUAGGGGACCAGGUACUUCUCUUAUGUUUUUCUCAUGUAUAUUGGUAUUAGCGGGCAUUCUUUUGAGGCUUGAGGGAGAUUAUGAAAAUGAGAUAAGAUUCUGUAUUUGAUACAGGAAGCUUUAUGCUAGGGAGCAUUGCCAGAACUAUUCAACCAAGAUCUAUUUGGAAUUUGCGACAUUAUUUUUAUCCUGCAUGUUGUUAACUAAAUUACAUGUGCCGAAUAGAUGUUAAGCCACUGGAUAUGCUCUGGGGGUGAAGGGUAUUCAUACUUAGUAAGAAGUCUGAGAUUCAAACAUAAAACCCUUUUUCAUACCGAAGAAUAAGAUAUAGAGGAGAAAUAUGUGUUAUAAAUUAUUUAAUUUCACAAAAAGAGGUCUGCUGAACAAAUUUAAAAUAAUUCUUUUUUUUUUAAAUUGCAUUUGGGCAAAAAAUGCUUUAUGUUAAUAGCAUCUUAUCUUAGAUUAGGACUGAAUUGACAUUGUUAUGGGACUAUAAUUUAGCAAACAUACUCGACAAAACAAAUAGAGGAUAAUAGUUUUCUCACAAUACAAUAUAUUCGACAUUUUGAGAAUUUAGUUUGUAACUUCUGUUCCACUUCUUGCAGCUUGAGUGUGGUUGAAUCUCUUAUUCUUUUUUUUUUUUUUUUUUACCUGAAUGGUCAACCCCUGCAUUUGUUUGGUGAUCUGCGCACUAUGGACUUUAAUAGUUAAUGCAUGAGUAUAUGCCAUCACUCAUUCACUCUUACUGUUUGGCAUGAUCUCUCCUAUCAAAUAAUUGAGAACAUUGUGGAGUUGGUCAGUCACUUGACAAGCCCUUGUGUUGCAAUGGGGAAGAGACCAAGAAACAUGUUUUGAGAGUUUCCGGCAACUCUCGGGAAAGAAAUUUAAUCGACCAAUGGUUCAUGCAUGUGAUUGUGGAUGCCAUCAAGAAUACUUUCGGCAGCAAAAGGCCCUUCCCUUUGGUUGGAUGCUUCAUUUGUUAAUGCUGAUAUGCCUAUAAAGCUGCUUGCGAUGAAUAUCAAUGCUUCCGGGGGACUAAACCGAAGGCUAGGAUUUAUGGAUCCAGUGCGAACUUGAAUGGAUCCACUGCAGUGUGCAAAUUAAUUUUCCCUGUAUCUCUGGCAAAGGCCAUACAAAAGUGAAUUAGAGAGUUGGUAAGGGAUGGGGAAUUUUCAUUUAAGGAUGCUGUAUUUUGCUGCGCUGGUAGUAAAUGUCAGUAUUUUUGCAUAUUGAUGUUUGGUUUUGCUUACUUGGAUGAUCUUCUGAUAUUUAGUUUUGUUAUACACAUCACACUUAAAGGAUAUAUUGGCCAUUUUGAUUCCCAA